AUGUUUAAAAUAACAGCUAUAGUGUCCUUGAUGCUUAUUGCCACGUGGUCCCAUGCGGACUCUAGGCGGUACAAGAAGGAGGCCACUUCUUCCUCAGACUAUCCACAGGGCAGCACAGUAUGGGGGACCUUCUCAUGCGACUCAUGCGGCAACGAGUGUGUGAAGGCCUGCGGGACGAAACACUUUAGGGCAUGCUGCUUCAAUUAUUUGAGGAAAAAACGAGGACCUGAGCAUAUCAAGUUUUGGACCCCAAACGCAAUGGACAUGAAAAUGGACUCACCUUACAAGAAACUGCCAAUCAUCGCCAUCGAAACGGUCCCUGACUUCUUCGGAGAGCUGGCCAAGGAUUUCGAACCUAACCCCUUUGAAGAUACGGCCGAUAAUAGACUGUAUGAGGUUUAAGCUGUUUUGAGUAGGUUGCAAUACCCUGCUGCCCAAAAAAAGUUUGUACUAUUUAAAAAAAAAUCGAAAGAUUUCAAAGAGUAGAACUCUACACUUUUUUUUAAAUUUAUGGAUAAAAUCUGUAAUUUUUUUAACUCAAUAUUUUGUAAUUUUGAAAACUUUUCAACAGUUAAAUAAAAAUGUUCAUCAUCAGCCCGCUGCAGUCCACUGCUGGACAUAGGCCUCCCCCAAGGUACGCCACAGAGCCUGGUCUGCUGCUUUAUGCAUCCAGUUUCCGCCGGCCCCCUAUGCAAAUCAUCCCGCCAUCUAGCCAGAGGGUGUCCCACACUACGUUUACCAAGACGCGGUCUCCACUCCAAAACACGCUUGCUCCAGCGGUUAUCGGUUCUGCGACAUAUGUGGCCAGCCCAUUGCCACUUCAACCUACUAACUUUCAGAGCUAUGUCGGUCACAAUAUAUUGAUUUAAACUAACACGAUCUUCACUCAUAUGUAAUGUCAUGUCCGAAACGUCGGGUUAAAUAUAAAACGUAAGUUUUACGCGACUAUGUCGGUCACCUUGGUUCUCUGGCGGAUCACUUCGUUCCGAAUUUUGUCUCUCAGAGACACUCCAAGCAUAGCUCUUUCCAUAGCACGUUGAGCGACUUUAAGCUUGUGGAUUAGCCCCACAGUCAGAGUCCACGUCUCGCAUCCGUACGUCAUAACAGUACAAAUAAAAAUGUUGCAACAUAUUAAAAUUUAAAUUUUAAUUGAUAUUUUUUUAUUAUAUUUAAUGGCCAUAUACUCUUCAUCUUUUUUAGAUUAUAAAUAUAGCAAUGUUGACAGAGAACAAAUAAAUACUAAGCAAAUUCUAACAUUCAAUACAUGUAACUUAAGUCAAUCUACACAGUAUAAGAUUUAAAAAAAAUUUUUCUUGGGCAGCAGCAAAGAACCCUGUCAAUUUGUUAUAAGAGAAGUUUCUGUCAAAAAAAUCUGUGUAAUUUAGAUUUCUUACAAUUUUUAUAGUAAUCUUAUAUGCUUCAAUUCUACCUUCUUAAUAAUAAAACUAAUAUUUUCUUUACUAUUUUUGACAGAAAUUUCACUAAAUAUUAAGAUGUUAAAGGUAUGUAAAAACGUAUUUUAUUAUACUAUAAAAGCUUUAUUAAGUAGAUAUUUAAAUGAAUAAUCGACGAAUGGUUUUUAUGUCUAUUUUUGGCUGGAUAAAUGGAUAUAAAAACCCUGUGAAUUUCUGCCACACUAAAAGUUUCUAAAAUUUUUAAAAACCUGAUUUAAAUGUUCACUCAUUAUGAUACAAUACAACUGGACUUCAAGAAUAAAGUCGCCGUCAACAGAAUUUGCGAACAAUGUAAACGAACCUUGUAUUCAAAAUGGCUUGAAUUUACAUUCUGACUAAUCAAAUACUGGCUUAAAAAUGUGUUAUUCAGUCAAUUAAUAUAACACCAUGAUCCUAGACCAUUAAAACAAUAAAAGAGUGUUGGAAUAUGGAUAUUUCAACCAUUCAGUUUGUUUACAUUGUUCGCAAUUUCUAUUGACGGCAACUUUAGGCUAGUUUCCUACUAGUCAAAUCAGCUUCUUUUUAAGAACUGUCAAAACGAUUUGCUAACAUGGAAUA